AUGACUGCCUCCAUGGCACAACCGCCGGACGUGUUCCCUCUAGACUUUGCAGAGAUUGAGCGUCUCGUAAAGUCCAUCUACGAGCCUGGCCAAGCAAAGAAGAUAUCGCAGACAGAAGCCACCCUGAGAGUCUUGCAGCGCUCGCCGCAGGGCUGGGAAAUCGCUGAUGCCUUGCUCAAGAGUAAUGACGAGCAGGUCCGUUUCUUUGGAGCCCUCACGCUCACAGUCAAGCUCAACGCCGAUUCAGCUGAACUCACAAAAGAGAACUCCGAACAGCUACUAGUGACGCUCAUUCAUCAUCUCGUCUCACGCCCAACAUCAUCUAUAGCGACACGCAAAGUGAGUUCCACACUGGCUCAGUACUUUACCAAACCCAUAUGCCUCUGGACACAAUGUCUUCGCAGUCUGGCUGUCUCCUUCACAGCGCAACACCCUGUUUUGGACGAGACCUUGGAGACCUUCCCUUCCACAUGGGACAUUCUUCCUCGGCUAUCAGACGCACAAUUGUUAAUUUUGUUGGACUUUACGAUGAAUCUGGGGGAUGAGGGCAAGAAGCUUCCCAAACUACCCGAGGGAAACCCGCACGAGCGUAUCAUAGCCAACAUUGAAAGCGUCGAGGUAUUACUGCACGUGUCGUUUGGGCGCGGCAUCAAGUGGCUGUCAAAACCGAUCGAUGAUCCGGACUAUUCCGAAUCCGUACAACUUGGUGAGCAGAUGUGUGUAGCUGCUCUGAAAUGCUUCACGGGUUGGAUAUUCUAUGCUCAAACCGAAAUCUCGGAGCUUUCUGGCAAGCUACAACAUCUUCGCUCUGUAAGCGAGCUCGCUUUGACGUGCUUGGAAUAUCAUGUCGAAGAUGCCAUGGAGCUCGUUGCUGAGGUGCUCGAAAAUUACCCCAGUUUCUUCGAGACAAAACAUCGAGAAAUGCUCUGGGCAGCGAUCGCAGGUCCGUGGGGACUUGAGAUCUUGAAAAGCCCUGACCCUGAGACUGUCUCAUUAGCCAGGAUCAUUGUGGCUUAUGCACAGCUUUUACUGGAAUCCAAAGUCAUUUAUCAAGAGCCUGAUAAUGCCCAUCAUCAGCAGGUGUUGUCCUUUCUGCACGACCUCCUAAAGUACCCCGAGCCAAUUGGUACUGAAGACGAGGUUGCGCCUGUGGUGUUGGAAUUCUGGAGUGGAUACGUCAGUGCCAUCGCCGAAGAAUCGUUUCAAUAUACGUCCGACAAGGAAGCACCAGCAUGGAUGAACAGCGCAAAGACUCAUGUCUUUCAGGCAGUCUCCGAAUUAGUCCAGAAGAUUGUCUAUCCUCCAUCUGACGUCACGAGUAACUGGGAUCCAGAUUCAAAGAAGACUUUCAAAGUCUUCCGCGUCGAUGUUCGCGAUAUUUUGAUAGAGGCUUAUGAGUCCUUGCGCGAUGUAUUGACUGAUCAAUUCAUCGAUCUUACGCUUCGUGGACUAGAGAAAAGCGAUUGGCUGGAGCUUGAGGCGGGUCUCUUCGGAAUCAUCGCCAUUGCGGACACCUUUACUAUUCAGGAUGAUGAGCGUCUAGUCCGGCUUUUUGAGCAGCCUCUCCUCUCAACGAUCUCCACCAACUCAAACAUACCCGGGAUCACGCGUAGAAGCGCCGUAGAAGCAGUCGCAGCUCUGGAUCAGUUCUUCCUCCGAAAUCCUCGUUUCCUCCCCCAGGUUCUACCCUUCCUUCUCACAGCACUUGCUCAACCUGCAACAGCACAUAGUGCCGCCAAAUCAUUCGCUUCACUGUGUUCCGAAUGUCGAAAAUCUUUGACGACCGAAUUGCCAGCAUUUUUCCAGAUGUAUGAGCAAUUCUUGACUUAUCAGACGGCGGAAGAGUUCACAAAAAGCAUGGUUCUCAAGGGAAUUGCUGCUAUUGUUCAAACACUAGAUACAGAAGAGAAGCGUCUCGAGGGCAUACGCCAGAUUUUUCAGUACGUCACGCGAGACGCCAUGCAGGCAGUCAAUGUUACCAAAGAAGGAAAGGAUGCGGAGCAAGGUCAGGUACUUGCACUUACUACUCUAAAAUGCCUGGCCAGUAUCGGGAAAGCAAUGCAAGCCACCGACGAGGAAAUUAUUGACUUGGAGUCAGAAAAGGUCACAUCAACCUUCUGGUCCGAGGGACCAGGGAAGGAAAUCCAAAAUCAGAUCAUCAAUCUUGUCAAUUACCUCACACAGGUCUUUCCAGCAAAUGACGAGAUCAUUGAGGCAGCUUGUGGUGUUCUACGCUCUGGCUUCAGAGAGUCGGUGUCGGGACCGUUCGUUCUUCCUGCUGUAACCACGGUUGAUUUCAUUACCAAGACGACUGUACAAACGCCGAGGUUGCCCCAUGUACUAGAGACAGCUUGCUGCUGGGUAUCUUCGCACAAACAGAACCCGCCAUCGGAAUUUGCAGCUCUGUCACAGCGUCUUCUCCACCAUGUUCUGAGCAUCAUGCAAGCCCUACAACAUCCCAGAAAUGAUCCGGAGAUCUCCGUUGGCUGCAUUGAACUCAUCCAGCACUUCCUCAACACCGACCCCAAGAUAUUGACGUCAGUAUCACCGGAUCAUCUGGCAGGCAUGUUCAAUUUUACAGUUGAGUCGAUCAACUCGCCGGAGGUACUACCAAAACGCGCGUCGGCCAAGUUAUGGAAAGACAUCUUCGAGCUAGCGGGGAACACGCACGUUUCUCAUCAGGCCACAGCUCAAGACAUCGUCACCCAUUUCGGACCAGCAGUCACAUUCGCUCUGAUAGCGAAUAUCUGCGGAGAGGUCGAUUUCACAAGCCUCGAGUUCAUCGUGGCGCCGUUGAGAGCCAUGAUCAAGUCGGACAAGAAUGCCAGGACAUACAUCUCAAACUCGCUGGCCGGACAGCCAUUGCUACAUAGAUUCCAACAGGACCCAGCAGUACAGGACAUGGUUCGCAAGUUCAUCGAGAGUUUAUCAAGGAAUGCAAAGAACUCUGGCACCUUCAAAGAGACAGUCAAGACUUUCUGGCAGAGCUGCAAACAACUGCAGAUGCAAUUGCAGCCACAGGCGAUGCAUCUUGGUCAAAGCUUUGCGCAUGAUCUAACAUGA